UGGCUGUGAGGAGGCUGCAGUCACAUCCAGCAGAGGACCUCACACAGGUGACCAAACUGCCCAGGCCAGGUGUUGCAGCAGCCCUCCUUACAUCGAGGCUAGGAGAAUUUCUCCUCAGUAAAAGCUGUAACAGAUCCCAUCGGCCCCCAGUAACAUUGGCACCAUGACUUCGUCCACCAAAGUCCUGGAUGGAGGCUGGGGUUGGGCUAUCGUCGCUUCGUCCUUCAUGGCCCAGCUCCUGGCCUACGGAUCACCCCAGUCCGUGGGGGUCCUGUACCCCGAAUGGCUGCACACCUACCAGGAGAGCAAGGGCAUGACGGCCUGGGUGGGCUCUCUGGUGGCAGGAGUGGGAUUAAUAGCCAGUCCCAUCUGCAGCGCCUGCGUGGACAACUUCGGCGCACGCCCUGUUACCGUCUUCAGUGGUGUUAUGGUGGCAGGCGGCCUGAUGCUCAGUGCCUUUGCUCCAAACGUCCAGUUCCUCAUAUUUUCCUAUGGAAUUGUUGUUGGCCUGGGUUGUGGACUUGUCUACGCAGCCACCUUGACAAUCACCUGUCAGUAUUUUGACAAGAGACGCGGCCUUGCCCUGGGCAUUGUCACCACAGGCACAAGUGUGGGCGCAUUCAUCUAUGCCUCUGCUCAAAACGAGCUAAUUGUCCUCUACGGCCUAGAUGGCUGCUUGCUCAUUAUUGGAGCCAUAGCACUGAAUCUCAUGGCGUGCUCUGGUUUCAUGAGGCCCUUGAAUAUGCCAGGGUACUACCUCAAGCAAAAGGCCGCUCUCGAACGAAACACAGAAGAACAGCUCUUCGUCAAGCCCCCAUUCGACAACCUCAAGAUCGCAGUGGGUUCUGCAACAACCACUCCAGAGAAACCUCUCAUGGUGAAGGAGUUGCUUAUCACCAUUGAUGCUAAGGACUUGUCCGUUCAAACAGAAAAGAAAGAGGGUCACCUGACUGGGCUUGCCAUUGUAAAAGCAAUCAAGAAAAAGCAAAAGGCUUACUCCAAGUACAUGCACUCAUUGUAUGAAAUCUUACAGGACCAAGAAAUGGUGGCCUUCUGCAUUGCCAUCUUCCUAUUCAGCUUGGGUGCAUUUCCACCUGUCCUCUUUAUAGAGGACAUUGCCCAGAGUGAAGGACUCAUUGAAGAAGUUAGUGUCAUUCCUCUUGUAUCCAUAGGCGCUAUUGCCACUUGCAUAGGCAAACUAGCGCUGGGCAUCCUGGUGGACAUCAAAUGGAUCAACGGCGUCUAUCUCUAUGCCUUCACAAUGUUGGCGGCGGGUUCGGUACUACUUUUUAUCCCCAUCACCAAAAGUUACGUUGGACUACAAAUCCUGACAGCCAUCCUUGGUUUCUUCUCUGGAAACUGGUCCCUUACGUCUUACAUUACCACUAAGAUUGUUGGCUUAGACAGACUGACACAAGCCCAUGGUGUCCUUAUGUUCUUUGGGGGAUUUGGGAUCAUGCUUGGACCUCCUGUUGUAGGGUGGUUUUUCGACUGGACACAGUCGUACGACUUGGCGUUCUACUUCAGUGGCAGCUGCGUUCUGUUGGGGGCGUGCAUUCUUUUUCUAUUCAGCCUUCCCUGCUGGAACAGGAGGCCCUCUGAGAACGACAAACCUGAAGUCCAGUACACCAGCACCUGUGACAAAGUUGCCUCAGUAGCCUGAAUGAAGAUCAUGGCACCUGCUGCUCACUGACUGUUUCCAAACUAUGCCCCAACUCCCCAAAAGAAAAAGCCCUUGGAGGAUUUUUUUUUUCUCUGAACAUGCUGGGGUUUCUUCUGUAUUUCUGUUGUGAGAUUUCAAAAUGCCAGGUUCUCAGGUUCAACUCAUUUACAACUGAUAUGUUUAAAGUAUCGACUCUAAAGCCUGCUAUGAAUAUUUUUCUUAUUACCUCAUUUUACGAGGUUAACAGAACAAUGUUGGUAAAAAUCCAAAAUGUAUCUUUUUUAUCUGAAGGCUAUUACUUUAUCUUCUCUGCACCUUUGAAAAUAUGACAUCAGGCCACCCAUAAGACCAAGGAAAAGAUCUUGAAAAACACUAAGUGUAAAAAUACACUAACAUUUCAUGUCAAAAUGCAUUUAUAAUCACCCAUUUUAAAUAUAGGAUCAUUUACUCUAUGUUGGUUGGAACAUUUUUUUAUACCUAUUAAAGUAAAAUCUGAUUCUGUAUUUUGGUCUCAGUAAACAAGCUCUCCAUUCUGAAUGCUACCAAAGCAGCCAUGAUAGCCAAUCUCUGGCAUCACAUAAUGCCUGUAGAACCAAUUCAUAGGCCUUUCUUUGCUGUGAGAUUUUGAUAUUUAAAUGCAUGGAACGUGUUUUUAAUGUUUUACAUCAACUUACACUUUAUGUAUCUGUUGUUUCAGACAGAUGAUUCUAGAACACAUAGAAACAGCUGGGGGAUCUCGCAGUAUUUAUGACAUUUUGCAACAUGUUGCAUGUCCUGAUCACAAGACUGCACAGACAUUCAGUUCGACCUAUCUGGUCCUUUAUAUCAGAAUCACUGUGUUUAAAUGUUUGCUUUGUCUGCAUCUAUACACCGCUAUAUCUUUAUGUUAGCCAUAGUUUGUAAAAUCCUAUGUGCUUGUGACAUUUAUAUGCACAAAACUGGCUUUGGAGCGGUUAAAAAUUUUGAUCAAGUUUGUUCUUGUGAUUUGAAGUGUAACAGGAUUUUAGAACUCUGUGAAUGCUGUAAAGUAAACCACUAGAGAUGUUUUUGGUAGCUCCUGCUUCAGGUCUGAGAGUGAAUCUGGGACAUUCAUGUUUAGCAUUAUUUUGUUCAUAGAGGGUGUUGUUAAAGUACUGUAGCUAUUCAGCUGUAUAUUGUAGCCUUUCAUUUUUAAUUUUUUUUAUUAAUGUAGUAUUUAUGUUUGCCUUUCAGUUAUUUUGUAUAUUUAAAAUGUGCCAAUAAAAACAUUUUGAUUAGUA